UCACUACCGAGCUGGGUAUUGGAGGGUCACUACCGAAUCCGAGUCCUUCUAAGCCAGAGAGAUUUCCGGCGUUGGGGAGUUGCGAGGAUUUCAUUUUCAUUCUCUCGUAUUUGGAAGGAGAGACGGAAACGGUCGUAGCAGCAGACGGAGGAGAAAUGACGGCAGUUUAUUCGGUGUGGGCGACUCCCCCCGCGCACGUUAGCGAGAGGCUGAAGCAGCUGAUGCGGAACCUAAGAGCCGAGUUCGGGGGACCCGAGUUCGAACCGCACGUGACCGUAGUCGGAGCCAUGCGUCUGACGGAGAAAGACGGGGUGCGGAAGCUGGAAGCCGCUUGCCAGGGACUCAAGCCGUAUACGGCCCGUAUAAAUACGGUAUCCAGAGGGACUUUCUUCUACCAGUGCGUUUACCUCCUCCUCGACCCUACUCCCGAGGUGUUGGAAACCAGUGCACAUACCUGUGGCCAUUUUGCAUACAUGCGCUCAACCCCUUAUAUGCCACAUUUGAGCCUCCUUUAUGGAGAUUUAACUGAUGAAGAGAAGGAGAAAGCUGUUGAGAGAACCAAAUCCCAUGAUCCAGAGAUUUGCAAUCUGAGUUUCGAAGUCUCUAGCCUUACCUUGUAUGAAACAGACACUGAAGAUAUAACCCUGAAGUCAUGGAAGAAGGUGGCGGACUGCAAUCUCGUAAAAGAGUAACUUCUUUCUGUGUAAUUUUUGGGAAGGACUUAUAGGUUAUACAAAGCUGAAACGCAUCUUUGUAUCCAGUAAUAAUAUCAACAGACACUGGAUUUUAGUCCAUUUCAGGCACACGUAUAGCUGUUUUUAUAACAGUUGUGAUCACCAGUGAUAAUAGAUCUAAGAAAAGGGUAGAAAACUGUUAACUACAAUGAAAUCUUGUACAUCGUGACUGCCAUACCUAAUUUCCUGAUAAAUUUUAAUGUUUUAGUUGGA